CGCCCCUCUCGGGGCUGCAGCAGGGUGACCCUGGGGCUGUGUCCCCCACAGGUGACCACGGACCUGCUGUCCCGGGGGGGCAAGGACAUUGCCUUCGCCAGCUACGGGCCACUCUGGAAGUUCCAGCGCAAGCUGGUGCAUGCUGCUCUCUCCAUGUUCGGGGAGGGCUCGCUCACGCUCGAGAGGAUCAUCUGCCGGGAGGCUGCGUCCCUGUGCGAGACGCUCAGCGCUGCACAGGAUGUGGCCCUGGACAUGGGCCCUGAGCUCACACGGGCCGUCACCAACGUGGUCUGCUCCCUCUGCUUUAACUCCUCAUACCGGCGCGGGGACCCCGAGUUUGAGGCCAUGCUGGAGUACAGCCAGGGUAUCGUGGACACUGUGGCCAAGGAGAGCUUGGUGGACAUCUUCCCCUGGCUCCAGAUCUUCCCCAACAAGGACCUGGCCCUGCUGAAGAGAUGCCUCAAGGUGCGGGACCAGCUGCUCCAGCAGAAGUUCACUGAACACAAGGAAGCCUUCUGUGGGGACACCGUGAAGGACCUCAUGGAUGCACUCCUGCAAGUGAGGCUCAGUGCCGAGAGCAGCAGCAACCUGGCACCAGGGCUGGAGCUCACUGACGACCACCUCCUCAUGACAGUGGGGGACAUCUUUGGGGCUGGCGUGGAGACCACAACGACUGUGCUCAAAUGGGCUGUGCUCUACCUGCUCCACUACCCCGAGGUCCAGAGGAAGAUCCAGGAGGAGAUGGACCAGAAGAUCGGGCUGGUGCGUCACCCCCUCCUCAGCGACCGCCCGCUGCUGCCCUACCUGGAGGCCACUAUCAGCGAGGUGCUGCGCAUCCGGCCCGUGUCCCCCCUGCUCAUCCCGCAUGUGUCCCUUGCCGACACCAGCAUCGGAGAAUACUCCAUCCCCAAGGGUGCCAGGGUCGUCAUCAACCUCUGGUCCGUGCACCAUGACGAGAAGGAGUGGGACAAGCCCGAGGAGUUCAACCCUGGCCGCUUCCUGGAUGAGCGGGGCCAGCACAUCCACUCACCCUCACCCAGCUACCUGCCCUUCGGGGCCGGGAUCCGCGUCUGCCUGGGCAAAGUCCUGGCCAAAAUGGAGCUGUUCCUCUUCCUGGCCUGGGUGCUGCAGCGCUUUACACUCGAGUGCCCCCAGGACCAGCCCCUGCCCUCGCUGGACGGCAAGUUCGGUGUCGUGCUGCAGGUGCAGAAGUUUCAGGUGAAGGCCAGGCUGCGGGACGCAUGGCGAGUGGCCUCAUGAUGGGAACCAGCUCUGGAUCCCAGCAGUGGUGGGGAGGGAUGGGAUGGCAUGGGACAGGAUAGGACAUGCCCUGCCUGCCCCAUGGGUGCAGGGUUGCCCAAAUAAAGCUGUUCCCAA